GCAAAAACACUUUGAGUAAACACACCGCUCAAUGGAAAGCAUCUGAUAAGACCUGCUGCAUUUCUGGUGGCUCAUUCAGGAGGACUUGGUGCUCCCAUUAGGUCUGCAGCUUCAUCGGGGCCGUCUCACCUCCUCUCCCCGAGGGACCCACCAUGUCCACGACCAUCUGCCAGGUGAUGGGGUUCAUCAUUUCGUCACUGGGUGUUGCGGGGUGCAUGGUGGCCACUGCCAUGGAUAUGUGGAGCACACAGGACUUGUAUGACAACCCGGUCACGGCUGUCUUCCAAUAUCAGGGACUGUGGAGGAGCUGCGUGCGGCAGAGCUCCGGCUUUACAGAGUGCCGGCCAUAUUUCACCAUUCUUGGGCUGCCAGCAAUGUUCCAGGCUGUGAGGGCCCUCAUGAUCGUGGGUAUUGUCCUGGGCAUCCUUGGCCUCCUUGUGUGCAUUUUUGCUCUGAAAUGCAUUCGUAUUGGCAACAUGGAGGAUUCUGCAAAAGCCAGCAUGACUCUGACCUCUGGCAUUAUGUUUAUUGUUGCUGGUCUUUGUGCUAUCACUGGGGUGUCCGUGUUUGCCAAUAUGCUGGUCACAAACUUCUGGAUGUCCACAGCCAACAUGUACCAAGGAAUGUAUCAGAAUGUCCAGAACAGGUAUACCUUUGGCUCAGCCCUCUUUGUUGGCUGGGUGGCAGGUGGUCUGGCCCUCGUAGGAGGCAUCAUGAUGUGCCUGGCUUGCAGAGGGCUGAUUCCAGAAGAAUCCCGUUACAAAGCAGUAUCCUACAAUGCUUCAGGACGGAAUAUCUCCUACAGAACGGGUCCGUAUAAGGUUGCUUCAGGGUAUGAGCCUGAAACAAAGACUAAAAAAGGUGCAGGAUAUGAAGAAGCUGCUCGAAGUGAGGAUGGAAGACGCUCAUACCCUUCAAAAUAUGACUAUGUCUAGUAGACUUUCUGGGCUUGAUUUGCGCUAUAUUUUAUAAAAU